UAGAAAACUUAUCGUACUCUCAAGUGAAUAAAUUAUAGGAAUAAAAAGAAAUCAGAUACAAUAAUGUCGAUAGACAAAAGCUUCCGAAGUAUGUCAGCAGAUUCUGGAGAUAGAAGACGAUUUGUACCAGGAUAUGACUUUUCGUAUCGAUUCCAGAGUGCUAAACCGUUCUUAGAGUUGAAAGCACUAUCCAGACCGCAUACGACCCCAGACAGCAGCUCGGCACAAGUAUACCGUACAGGUCGCCACCAACAGGCUUACGUGAAUGCGAUUGCAUCGGCCCAAACUCCCUCAAUCGAAGCCAUCAAAAGAUCGUUGGGCGAUGGACUUCUCAUGCUGCAACAAGGUAGCAAAUAUGUGAAGCCUACUAUUUUCGCCAAUCUUGACAAAAUCCACCUAACGAAGGCAAAGGAAACUGUCAAAAGCCGGGAAGGAACUUCUCCAGCAUUUUUUAUUCCACGCCAACCUCCAUUACCAACACGCUCGCCAACUCGAAAAAGGAUGCAGACAAUAACUUCGAAGAUCAGGAGCCAAUCUGCUGGAUCAAGCACAACACAGUCUCGCGGUGUUCAAGUGAAUCGAGGAGCGUCAACUACACCUGCUAACGCCACCAGAAGGCCAAGUACCGUUGGAGAAAUGGUAGUUGAAUUUCUGACCAACGUCGACAAAAAGGAACAACAAUCAACAAGAACUAAAGUAUACCGGCCACGUUCAAACUCUUACUAUUCAACAAUAACGGAACUUGACGAUAGGUGUUUAAGAAAUUCGGAUUUUCCGCAAAUACAGAUUGAUGGAAGGACAUUAAGUCAGACGAUGAGAACAGGCACGGGAUUUAUGCCUCGAGAGCAUUGUGAUGUACUUGGACCCCUGACCUGUCCAGACUGUAUUCGAACAAGAUCUCAAAAUUCACAUCAGAGAAUGUGCAGUACAUCAGUAGCCGCGAACGCCACUGAUGUCUACAAACUGGCGCUGAUACACGAACGAAUUCCACAUCUUGGUAUGCGCGAAGUUCAGAGAAAAGUAUUUGAUGGAGAAAUUUCUGACAAAGUAAAUUCAAUCUCACGCUGGAAAGAGAUGCAACAAUACGCUCAACCUAAAUAUGCUGAGAAAGAAGAGAGUACCAUCGUGGAAACUAUUGAAGAAACCGUAGAAGAUAAAACGAGAGAUCAGCCUGAAAAAUCAAGACCAAAGUUAAGGUCCAGAGGAUCUCUUGGUUCCGUGGUAUUUGAAACGAUAGCAGAAGCUUCAGAAUCACCGGAAAUUGGUCAGAGUGGGGAGACUGGAGAAGUCAUAGAUCAAGCACUGCCCAUUUCAAACCAAAAAUCAGUUUCUAAAGAAGAUGAUCAAGUUGAUAUACAAAAUAAAACGAUGGAUAAUGAAAUUGAUACCAAGACAAAGGAAAUCGUAGACAAUGUCGAUGAGGUCACUUCAGAACGUCCACAGCGCACGUCAUCAGGAAGGAGUCGUCGUCGUUCAAAAAAUCGGAAAAAAUCCCCAAAGCGACAUACCCGUAUUUUUAAUCGCGGCCUUAUUCCUUCGCCUAACUAUUUUUAUAACGUGGGUGACCUAAUGGGAAGAGUCCAAAAACUUCGACGAACCGGAAAACGAAAUCCUUGGGAGGUUGAUAUCGAUAUUCCCAUGCCUCUUGUACAUCAAAAUGAAGAGGGAGGGGCAAAGCCAGAUGCAAACAAAGAUGACGCUGCAUCCAUCAGCUCACAGGAUUCUGUCAGUCCACGUAAGGCAGAUCCGAUGACAAAAGUGGAGCCACCGAUCAUGUACGAGAAGAAAUCUCGAUACCUCGGUUUAUCACAUCCAACUAUUGGUAAUAUUCCAACUAGAGCGUAGAAGAUUUGAGAAAU